AUGGAAUGUCUGGAGUUCAAAAUAACUUACAAUAAUAUAUUUCUAAACACUUACCUUACCAUAAUUUUGUAUUAUAACGUGCUGAUGGUCCAGUUCUUCACGAAAGUGGUCCAUCGUUUGCUGAACUCCGUCAUCUACUCGGCGUACGAGGCGGGCCACGCCAUCGUCACCGGUGAAGAAGAGGUCCAGAGGAACGUCUGGAAGUUCGUAGAAUCCACCGAGCUGGCCAUGGAGAUCCGCGGGAGGGCCACUCUCAACAGGCUCCUGGUACUCCAGAAGCAGGCUGAGAUACAGAGGAGUGCCUCUAUGCAGUCUCGCUUUCCGGACAUCAUAGUAGCCUUCCGCAGUCGCCAGGCCAGCACGAGCAUUCUGAACGACCUGAGCAAGGAGCUUAUCGACAUGCAGAAGGACGGGCAGCUGGACACGGAAGACUACAAGCUGAUACGAAUGAAAAUCCAGGCACAAAACAUGGCCAUCAUCGCCGAGGCGUGCAGUCUGCCCACAAGCUACAAACCCAUUGCCAUGCUCCGCGUGAUACCCUGGAUUACUUCAGACACAGUACGGCAAUUCCUAGCGAUAAAGAUUCGCCCAGUGUCCUUCGCCCCUCUCGAAGUGAUCGUAGAGCGGGGAGAAGAAAAUCCGAUUAUACUGACGUAUUCCGGAAUAUUGAAGAUUGAGGGCGAUUACGAGGACCUUGGCGACGGGGCGCUGCCCAACUCCACGUCGCCGCUGUUCUUCUUCAACGAGGGAUACUUCGUGGACUACAUAGCGUCUCCGGCCUGCGUGGGGUACCUCGGCCUCAUCACCGACGAGCCCUCCAUCACCAGAGUCAUCGCCGAGACGCAGGUCAAUGCUUAUAUAAUUCCGAGAGAUCGCGUGAUAGAAGCCAUGGAAGAGUUCACGCAGCCACCAAGCUUUUACUACGAUGUGUUAUCCUACAUUGCCAGGACCAUUGGGCUCCUAGUUCUGCAAACACACCCGAAGUACCAGACCUGGCCCGUGGACAAGAUCACGAGGCGACUGGACACGUUCCUGAUGCCCAACCUGGAGAGCGCGUCACGCUUUAUCCUGCCGCCGGACGUACACGACGCCAUCCUGGUGCAGGGAGUCGCCGUGGACCCCGAGUCCCAGGAGUCCCUCAUCGCUCCCAUUUACAUACCGCAGUCCGUGCGGAGGCUCAGCUUUCCCGGCAUCUUCCACCACCGGGUGUCUCCUGUGCUGAUCGUCAUCGCCGACAAGCGCUACCGGCUUCCGCAGGAACUGGACUGGAUGCAUAACGCCGACGUUGGCGGCGAGGACAACUACAAGAAGUUUAUGAACAACGAGUUCAGCCAACAGCAGCCUUACAUUGCGGACGACGGCUACUGAGUCUGCCCGCAACUAAU